AAAUAUCCAGGCAUGCGCUCAGCUUCACUCCUCACUCCUCAAGCCUCCAACUCCAACUUGAUCUGACUCCUUCAAAAGAACCUCGCAAUUAUAUCUACAACACUCCCACCAUCUACAAUGGACUCCCUGUUUGGCCUCGAUCUCUCCCGAAACUACUCGUAUUUCUCGGUUCCCGCUGCCUUCUUCAGUGCCGCGUUACCACACGCCUACUCGGUUCUCUCGUCACGGGUGCACUACGACAAUGCCAACCCUCGUAACCACCAAGAGCGCCUUGCCAAGUCUGAGACACUGGACAAGGUGAAGCAACAAUGCAUGCUCCGGGCCAAGGCCGCGUCGGCCAACGGCUUUGAGACACUGGGCUUAUAUGCUACCGCCGUCGUAGCCGCCAACGUCACGGGCGUUGAUGUGCGGACCCUCAACAUGUUGACGCUGGGGUACAUUGUCACCCGCAUCAUCUACAACGUCACCUACAUCUGGCUGCAGAAGAACCGCAAGUUGGCUGGAGUGCGCAGCGUGUCCUGGGUCACGGGCAUUGCGCUUGCCGUGACUCUGUGGAUCAAAGCCGGGAACAAGGCGCUGGAGAACUAAAUAUGUAUCUUCUCGCAUAUGGUUGCUUCUAUAGACGAGUACUGGAUAGACGUUUAGACACGUAGGGCUAAUAACUGAAUAAAUUCCCCUCUCAUAUCAA